UUUUAGUUUAGAUUCAAUGCAAACAUCAGAGCAAACUAGUCUGAAACUAGAUCUAGAAUCUAGUGUUUAUGAAAUAUUUAAAUAUAAAAUUGAUAAACCAUGAUUUUGGCUUUAUUAAUCGCCAUACUUUUGCCUGCUCUAACAAUCCUGUGGUUUUUUAUAAUGUUAUUUUCUACUAAGCCAGACACUGAAAAACCAGUGACAUGGCGUUGGGCCUUUAGCUUGAUUGCCCCUCUUGCCAUAGCCUUUUAUGGCUUACAUAAAAAAAGUCUAAAUCAAUCAGGAGCUGCUGCUGGACUCAUUAUUGGUUUUUUGUUGACUAUCAGUAGCAUUAGGUUUAUGAUGUCACUGUUAGCAUUUUUUAUCUUUGCAUCGAAGGCAACAAAAUUUAAAGCUGCAAAGAAAAGAAUAAUAGAAUCUGACUUUAAAGAAGGUGGACAAAGAAACUGGGUACAGGUUUUAUCUAAUGGCGGGCCUGCUGCAAUGUUGGCCAUCUUAUAUAUGUUUGAGGUUGGUUCUGUUGAUGUCCCAAUAGACUUUGCCAAGAGGUACUCAGCUUCAUGGUAUGCAGUAGGAAUUAUGGCUGCUCUUGCCUGUUCUUCAGGGGAUACUUUUGCCUCUGAAAUAGGAACUGCUGUAGGGAACCAUGAUCCAUUCCAUUUAGUGACUUUCAAACGUGUACCCAGAGGUACAAAUGGUGCAGUUUCUUUUUAUGGUACACUCUCCAGUUUAGUUGGCGGACUGAUUGUUGGCUUAGCAUUCUAUAUAACUGAACUGCUAAUUAUAAAUGCUGAAGCACUAGUGGUUUCACCUAAACAGUGGCCUAUUGUAUUGUAUGGUGGAUUGGCAGGACUUUCAGGGUCUGUCAUUGAUUCUCUUCUUGGAGGAACAUUGCAGUAUUCAGGUAAACAUAGGAAAUUGGGAUUUAUUGUGGAUAAUAAAAGUCCUGAUGUUGAGUAUAUUGCUGGCCGUGAAAUUCUAGAUAAUCAUUCUGUAAAUCUGAUAUCAUCACUGAUGACUGGUCUCCUUUUGCCACAUAUAGCUGCUAAAACUUGGGCUCUUUUAUAAAGAGCUUUUAUAAAACAAAUAUAUAAAAACAUUUAAUAUUUCUUUUUGUCAAUGUUAGGAUUACUGUUGAUGGUCUCUGAAUAUUUGCUUCAUAAAUGUUAAACGCAACUAAAAUGGCAUAGUUGCUUUAAUCUAAGAAAUGGAUAAUACUCUCUUUGUGUAAUAGUUUAUAUUAAUAUACUAGGGAAAUAGAGACCAUUUUACAGAUGGAAUUCUUCUAGCAAAACAAAAAACCCACUUUUUAAAAAUUUGUCUUGAAAAAAGUAAAUUAAUUUAUAUGUAUGUAUAUAUAUAUAUAUAUAUAUAUAUAUAUAUAUAUAUAUAUAUAUAUAUAUAUAUGCAAUUAUAGUAUACUCA